AUGGGAAAAACGAAAGUUUAUCAGCAAAAAUUUCGCUUGGAAUGGAAGAUACAUUCAAAAUUAAAGGAUUGGAUUCGGGAAGAAUUGACAAAUAAAACUCAAGCAUACUGUACAUAUUGUAAGUGUAAUAUUCAAUGUAAACUGAGCGAUUUACUUUCCCAUGCUGAAACAAAAAAGCACAAAACAAACUGUGAAUCGCACAUACAAAUAAAUAAACUUCCGUUCAAACCUUCGUCCUUUAAGACACAGCAGCAAGAGGCUGCUUUAGCAUUAUACGUUAGUCAACAUAGCGCAAUAGCGCCAAUUGAUCAUUUAACUGCCUUAUGUAAAAAUAAAUUUAACAAUAGUGAGUCGUGCGUUCAAAUAAGGUUGCACAGAACCAAGUGUACCAACAUCGUAAAAUAUGUGCUGGCUCCUCAUUUUAUUGAAGAUUUACAAAAUGACAGUAAUUCAAAAUUUAGUUUAUUGCUCGACGAAUCAACGGAUAUUAGCAUUACAAAACUUUUAGGUAUUGUUAUCUUAUAUUUUAGUGAAAAGAACAGAAAGAUAGUGUCAACUUUUCUUUCAAUGGCAAUCCUAGAAAGUGGAAAUGCAAAGGAUAUUGUAAAAUGUUUCAAGAAUGAGCUUGAGAAAUUCAAAUUGAACAUUAAAAACUUGAUUGGCAUAGGAACAGACAAUGCUUCUGUGAUG